CGCAGCCGGGCGCCCAUGGAAGAGCCAUUCAUUGUUACUGGCAAGAUAAUUGGUACGAUGAUAAGAAACGGGGAAUUGGUUCCAGAAGCAGGGAUGGAGUGCCCAAACUGCAAACAUCGCAUUGAUAAUAGUGAUGUUUCAUCACAGUGGUCAGGACUCCCUAUUGGUGUUAAAUUUGAUCCAACGGAUCUUGAACUGCUUGGACAUUUAGAAGGCAAGAUUGGCAGGGCAGUGUCCCAUGUACUAAUAGAUGAUUUUAUUCCAACCAUAGAGAUGGCGGAAGGAAUCUGCUAUACACAUCCGGAAAAUCUCCCUGGUGUCAAAUUAGACGGGAUCGCCAGUCAUUUCUUCCACAAAAUAUGCAAUGCCUAUGAUGUUGGUACGCGCAAGCGUCGCAAGAUUAGGAGCAACGACUACAAAGUUUGUGAUGAGAAUCUCAGAUGGCACAAGACUGGAAAAUCCAGACAUAUCUUAGAUAAUAACGGUGACAUAAAAGGGUGGAAGAAAAUAAUGGUUCUUAGGAAAGGAGGUGCCAAGGCAGAAAAAACUAAUUGGACGAUGCAUCAGUAUCACCUUGGGGUAGAUGAAAAUGAAAAGGACGGGGAGCUUGUUGUUUGCAAAGUCUUUUGUCAGUUGCCGUCAGAGAAAGCUGGAGAGUCUCUAAUGCUCACUGUUUAUGAAGAAUCCGAUUCAUUUGCUGGGAAAAUCGAUCCUACAACCCCAAUGACAUACCCUCCGCAGCCUUGUCGCCCAAAUGGUAGUCCAUCCGAAACCGAGCAGAAUCAGCAGGAGGAAGAGUUCCGCCUAUCUGCUGUUCGGGGAGCCGCGGAAUGGCUCGCCGGAACCUCGUCGCAUGCCGUUGAUGAACACCCGUCAUGCGGCGGAACCCCGGACGCUGCCUACCCUGAGAAGCAGCAUCUGCUUCUUGUUGACACGGACGCGCUCCAAGGGUUCCCCGACCUCGGAAUGUCUCGAUACUUCUCCUCUCUGGCCGACAUGCAACUUGACUCGCUGGAUAGCUUCAAUAGCUGGCUGGAGCGCAUGUAG